GCAUCUUGAAGGAGCACAUGAGGUAUGCCCACUCCCAGCUCUCCUGGGAGGCUUACCAGGAGGAGCCCAACCAGCCUGGCACCAGCAGGGAUGCCUACAGGGAUGCCCAGGUGGAGUAUUUGGGCAAGGCGGAAAGGCUCUUCCCGACCCCCCCCAGGGAACCUUCGCUGCUCUACGAAGGCCUCCAAGGCUUUACCUUGACCCAACCCAGGGUGGAGAAGAGCAAAAGGGAUGCCCAAGGGGCAGGUUUCCAUGCCAGGAAGGGUUCUGCUCACGGAGGUGCCCACAGGUUGAUGCCCAAAGGCUACUCCCAGCUGGCCCUGCUGAAACGAAAAGCAGCAGCAGCAACUCCCAGCCUGGAAGGGGAAACUGCUGAAGCCUUCAGGAGCCACCCUGGGGGGUUGGAGGAGCUGAGGCAGCCCAAGUGGGGGUGGCAGGGGGUUGGCACCGAAGAGGAGAGCGGAGGUGUGGAGCUGGGCAUCGGGAAGGGCAUCAAACCCAUCGUGGUGCCCCAAGCCGCCCUGGAGCUGAAGAGGACCUUCAGGGACGCCCUGAGGGUGGCAGACUCGGCGGUGGCAUCGGAGGAGCAGAGGCAGCAGCUGAGGAUGAUGGUGCCCAUCGUCCUCCUGAGCGAGGUCAACCUCAGCAAGAGGAGGGGCAGGGGCAAGCCCUUCAAGAGGAGAUCAGCGUUGGCACCGCUGGCAGCGGGAGGAGAAGACGACGAAGAGGAGGAGGAGGAGGAGGAAGAAGAGGAGGAGGUGGAAGAAGCUUUACCUUUGGACAUGCUGCUGUUGGAAGCACCUUUGGAAGGGCCUCUGGAGCUGGAGGAGCUGCUGGAGUCAGAGGCAGGGCUGCUGAAGAACGAGGAGAGGAGGUGCCCCUACUGCCCCGACCGCUUCCACAACGGCAUCGGCCUCGCCAACCACGUCCGCGGGCACCUCAACAGGGUGGGCGUCAGCUACAACGUGCGGCACUUCAUCUCGGCAGAGGAGGUCAAGGCCAUCGAGCAGAGCUUCUCCUUCCAGAAGAAGAAGAAGAAAGUGGCCAACUUCGACCCCAGCACCUUCAGCCUGAUGCGCUGCGAGUUCUGCGGCGCAGGCUUCGACACUCGGGCAGGGCUCUCCAGCCACGCCCGGGCACACCUGAGGGACUUCGGCAUCACCAACUGGGAGCUGACAAUCUCCCCCAUCAACAUCCUCAAGGAGCUCUUGGCCAACACCUCCGAGCUGCCGGCGCUGAGUGCUGCCCUGGGGGCUCAGCCUCCAUCCCCCACCGCAGCCCCCAGGGACCUCCACGGCUUCGCCUCCCGCAAGAGCCUCACUCCCAUCUCCGAGGGCAGCCUGCCCAGGUCUCCUCUCUCCCCUUUCCCACCAGCUUGGGCAGAGGAAGCUCUGCAGCCCUACAGAGAGGUGCUGGCUGCAGAGGACGAGGAGCUGGUGGCCAUGGAGGUUGGCUCCCCUCCGCCGCUGCCCAAGAAGAGCCUCCCCAGCGGGCAGCUGGACCAGCCCCCCCCCAGGAUAGGGACCAAAUUGUCUUCUCCUGAGCCCCCUGGGAGCAAACCUGAACCUCAGGACCCCAAAACCCAGAGCCUGACCACCUGCGAGGUCUGCGGCGCCUGCUUCGAGACGCGCAAAGGCCUCUCCAGCCACGCCAGGUCCCACCUGCGCCAGCUGGGGGUGGCCGAGUCGGAGAGCAGCGGAGCCCCAAUCGACCUCCUCUACGAACUGAUGAAGCAGAAGGGCAAACCCGAGGCCACCUCCCCCCUGCUGCCCAUCUUGGCCACCAAGAAGUCUUCGUCGCCCAAGGACGCCGGAGCCGCUCCGCGCCCGCUGCUGGCGCUGGGCAAGGCCGGGGAGCGUCUGGAUGGAGCCAUCAACAAAGCCAUCAAGUCCCCCCCUGGCUUCUCCAAAGGCCUCUCCCAGCCUGGCACCCCCCUGCUGAAGAAGGUGGCAGCGCUCUCGGGGGCACCUUCGCCCAAGAACCUGGAGGAGAAGAGCUCCAAGCUGCCCCUCAGCCCCCUGCAGGGCUCCCCCAGCGCGCAGUGGCCGCAGGUGGAUGAGGAAGGACCUCUCAACUUGAACGAUCCAGAAGAAAAAGAGGAGCAUGAGGAAGGAGAAGGAGGAGCUGGUGGAAAUGCAGAGGAAGGAGCAGCAGAAGGAGGAGAUGAAAACAAGGAGGAGGAGGAAAAUGUGGAAGGAGAAAAUCUGGAGGAGGAAACUGGAGAAGAGAACCUGGGGGAGAAGAAGAAGGAGCUGGAGGAGACCCCAGGGGCAGAAGGAGCCAAGGAGGAACGAGAAGGAACAGGGACAGAACCUGAGGGCCAAGCCCAAGGAGAUGCAGAAGCAGACACGGAGCCUGCUGAGGGACCUCAACCUGAGGAAGAGGAGCAGCAAGCAGCAGAAGGUGCAGAAGGAGAAGAGGAAGGCAGAGAGGAAGCUUCUGCAGCACAAGAGGAGGAAGCCAAGGAGUGA